AUAAAAGUAAUUAAUUUCAUACUUAACACCACCAUCCUCCUAUCAAUCACCAUACUAACUUUUCCACUAAUCUACAACCUCAUCUUCCCAAACAAAACCAACCAAUUCCCCCUAUAUUGUAAAAACGCAGUUAAAACAGCAUUCUUCAUCAGCUUACCAUCACUCCUAAUAUUCAUAAACAUAGGCCACGAAUCAACAAUUACUAACUGACAAUGAUUCUCAAUAGGCUCAUUUAACAUCUCCAUAAGCUUCAAACUAGACUACUUCUCCAUCAUUUUUAUCCCCAUUGCACUAUAUGUAACCUGAUCAAUCCUAGAAUUCUCACUAUGAUACAUACAUUCAGACCCUUACAUCCACCAAUUCUUCAAGUACCUAAUUACCUUUCUCUUUACCAUAAUUAUCUUAGUUUCCGCUAACAACCUAUUUCAACUGUUUAUUGGAUGAGAGGGUGUAGGAAUCAUAUCAUUUAUAUUAAUCGGCUGAUGAUACGGACGUACUGACGCCAACACAGCAGCCCUACAAGCCGUACUAUACAACCGUAUUGGCGACAUCGGCUUCAUACUUUCCAUAGCCUGACUAAUAACCAACAACAAUUCAUGAGACCUCCAACAUAUCUUCAUAACCAAUAUAGACACACUAGCCCUACUAGGACUCAUCAUCGCCGCAACAGGCAAAUCAGCCCAAUUCGGCCUACACCCAUGACUUCCAUCAGCCAUAGAAGGCCCAACCCCAGUAUCAGCGCUACUUCACUCAAGUACUAUAGUAGUAGCCGGAAUCUUCCUACUCAUCCGUUUCCAUCCAAUAUUAGAAAACAACACCACAAUCCUAACUAUCGCCCUAUGCCUAGGAGCAAUAACAACCCUUUUCACCGCAAUUUGCGCCAUCACACAAAACGACAUCAAAAAAAUCGUAGCCUUCUCAACAUCAAGCCAACUAGGACUAAUAAUAGUAACAAUUGGACUAAACCAACCACACCUAGCAUUCCUCCACAUUUGCACCCAUGCAUUCUUCAAAGCAAUACUAUUCCUAUGUUCAGGCUCAAUCAUCCACAACCUAAAUGACGAACAAGAUAUUCGAAAAAUAGGAGGACUACUAACACUUCUUCCUAUUACCUCAUCAGCCCUAAUCACAGGAAGCCUAGCAUUAAUAGGCACUCCAUUCCUAGCAGGAUUCUACUCUAAAGACUCUAUCAUUGAAGCCAUAAACACAUCCUACACCAACACAUGAGCCCUAACCCUAACACUUAUCGCCACAAUACUAACAGCUAUAUAUAGUAUACGAAUUAUUUUCUUUGCAUUACUAAACCAACCACGAUUCCUCCCCCUAUCACCUAUCAACGAAAACAACCCAAAUCUCACCAACCCAAUUAUACGCUUAGCCAUAGGAAGCAUCUUCGCCGGAUUCACCCUAACAACAAACAUCCCACCAACAUCUAUUAUCACAAUAACAAUACCACCUACAACAAAAAUGUCCGCCCUAAUAGUAACCAUCCUAGGACUACUAAUUGCCAUAGAAUUAAAUUCUUCAACCAAUAAACUACCUACAAUACCAUUCAUCCAUACACACAACUUCUCAAACAUGCUAGGCUACUUCACCUUCCUAUUCCACCGACUAUACCCCCUAGCAAAUCUUCAACUAGGCCAACAUAUUGCUACCAUACUAAUUGAUUUAAACUGAUACGAAAAAACCGGACCUAAAGGCCAAGCCAAUCUUCACAGCAACCUAUCUUCAUCUAUUACUUCAACCCAUAAAGGCCUAAUUAAAACCUACUUUCUAUCCUUCAUCAUCUCCAUUACAAUAAUUAUAUUAAUUAUCUAA